AGUACGCAAGCAGCAGCAGCAGCAGCAGUUUGCCAUUGUGUGCUCGAAGCCGUUAUCAAAUGGUUCUCGUUAACCUUGCCCACUUCUGGGCAGUAAUUCGAGUAUCUUCACACUCGGGGCCGUUCGGUUGGCAGCUUGUUGAGUAAUGGACGUCAUUGGAGGAGGGCAAGCAAGAAGAAGGACACGCGCUUUAGCUUUCGACCGUUUUAAAAUAGCAUAGCAGGUUCGGAACAAUAACUGUUUGAUCACUUACUCCUAGCUGCGGAGUCCGGUCCGAAGUUGAUAAGACAACAGAUUGCAGACGCCUUGCCGAUAGUAGAGCCCAGCAUGAAGUAGAAGCUGUUUCUAGACUGGGACUGGGACAGCAGCACCGGAACCACCCGCUUGACCAGUGUGAACAAAGUUUGUGCUCAAGUGUAUGGGAUCUUGCCCCCGUCAAGCAUCGGCAUCGAUUACACGGAUUUUACAACCCAGCAGUUCUUGUGUGCUGACGGAGCAAAUUAUUGCAGCACUGCAACUGAACCCCAAGGAAUGAUUUGAACCAACACAAACACCCUACACUUGCAUAAUUUACCUCUCCGCCCUGCUCGGUACCAGCGUUCCGAAUGACCGGUACGCCGCCGCCAGUUCUCAAGAAGCAGCAACAGGGCCAGCAGCGCCAGCUUUAUGCAAAAACUCACGCAACCAUAACACCACGUGAACCAACGGUGUCGUGAAGUCUGCGGCAUGUUAGUUUAAUCUCCGGGAUGGAAAUGAACUGCCCUGUUACCAUGCUCCGAACGUGCGUCUGAAUGGCAACAGUGAGAAAGGACAGGCCGAGCGGAUACGAGUGCGAGUGAUUGCGCAACAUUGUAUGCGGUGCCUAUAGAAGGAUCAUAAGACACGCAACGCGAUCUUCCGGAAAACUGAUCUCCUGGUCCCUCCCCAACCAAAUAACAGUACGAUGGCGUCGUACGAUAGUCAAAACCUUCUGCCCGGCAGCGGUGGGCGGACCAAUGGAGGCAACAUUAGCGUCGUUAGCAGCAGAAGCGGCGGUGGUGGGACCAACAAUGAAACGGAGAAAUCACCCUUCCUGGAACCGGUGCGGCUCACACCGGCCUGGGAGGAGAACAAUCUACCAAACGAUGAGCUCAACUUCAGGGGGAUGACGAUGGAGCGGGCCAAGAUGGAGCUCAACCCGCCCCGGGACAAGCUGCGACUCGUCUUCCUCACGCUAAUGAUCCACGGCGUGGGUACGCUAAUGCCUUGGAACAUGUUUAUCACUGCCAAAUCCUACUUCGUAGACUACAAACUCAGUCAAAAUUACACGGGCGUGGAGUCGGAGUACGCCACGUACUUUCUGUCGUCCAUCGGGUUUGCUUCCCAGAUCCCGAACCUUCUGUUUAAUUGGCUCAAUAUUUUCAUCAACCUUGGUGGCAACCUCACGAAACGGAUCGUUUACAGCAUUCUCAUCGAAGUGCUGGUGUUUGUCGUAACGGUGGUGCUGGCCAUGAUUAACUCAUCCGAAUGGCCCGGUGCAUUCUUCUGGAUCACGAUGACCACGGUGGUCAUACUGAACAUGGCGGGCGGAAUUUAUCAGAACACAGUGUACGGUAUGGCGGCGAAGCUUCCGUUCAAGUAUACCGGGGCGGUUGUGCUCGGAUCCAACAUUAGUGGCACGUUUGCGUCCAUCAUCUCGAUCCUAAGCUCACAGUUUGCAUCUUCGGUCAGGACGGCCGCAAUCUACUACUUCAUUACCGCGAUGUUUGUGCUGCUGCUGUGCUUCGACACGUACUUUGCACUUCCGUUGAAUAAAUUCUAUCGCUACCAUGAGCUGCUAAAGGAGAAGGAAAUCGAAUCGAACCAGCGUGCGAACGCGGGCGCCCGCCCACCGUACUGGACCAUCUUUAAGCAAGCGUUCCCGCAACUGUUCAACGUGUUCUUCGUGUUCUUCAUUACGCUGGCCGUGUUUCCGGCCGUUCACUCCGACAUCAAGCGCUCGGACAGCAACUUCAUCAUCGGCGACGAUCUGUUCGUGAGUAUCUGCUGCUUCCUGACGUUCAACGUGUGCGCCAUGCUCGGCAGCCUGCUGACGUCCUGGGUGACCUGGCCCAAGCCCAAGUACCUGGUAUGGCCCGUCCUGCUGCGGGCCGCCUUUCUGCCGCUGUUCCUCUUCUGCAACUAUCAGCCGCUCAACAUUACGCGCGUCCUGCCCGUCUACAUCGAUAACGACUGGGUGUACUGGGGCAUCGGGAUCGUGAUGGCCUUCACGUCCGGUUACUUCAGCUCGCUCGGCAUGAUGUACACGCCGCAAUCGGUCGAACGGCAGUACGCAAUGACGGCGGGCAUGUUUGCCGCCGCCAUGCUGAUUACCGGCAUCUUUACCGGCAUCCUGUUCUCGAUGGUGUUCCCGAUGGUGGUGCAGUACAACUUCCUCGCCUGGCUCCACUAGGCCUGGCAUUGGGGAAUGGGCGUCUACGACGGGUACGUCUCGUAACCGUACUAAGGGGGCGCAUCCCAUUCUCAUAGCAACAACAGACCCACGCUGGGCUGAUCAUAGUCGUUUAAACUGUGGGUUCCGUUUCUAGAUCAUCUGCAAAAACCUAUAUCACUUUGUUCAGAAUGAAAGAAAGCUUUCAAACAGUCUGGAUAGUAGUAGAUGGACUAUAGACAGAGUGGAAGUGGAAAUCACUACCGGGUGAGAUAUAGUUUCGCACAAAUUAAGCGUUCAAGAUCUGGUUUUCUUUGCGAGUGUUUGCUUUUUCAUUUUUUUUAUUAUUAUGCAUGCUUUAGCGUCGAUAGAAAUUCUCACCGUUUUGUACUUUCGGUAUCUGUGUGGACUUCUGCGGUCUGCAAAAACUGUACUACGCCGCUUCUACACGACAGCGCAAAUUUCGCGUUUGCGAAAACCGUAUGCAAAACUCUACACAACAAUUAUAGCUCACAAACCCAGAAACCAUGUGUUAUUUGGUUUCAUUUUGGCCAAAACCAUACGAUUUUGGCCAACACCAAAUUUUACGCUAUCGUUUAGAAGCGGUGUAGUACAAAACAUUACUUUGUGUUUUUGAGCGUUUAUGUUCAUUUUUUUUUUCGUUAAUUUUAUCAUAUUGCAUUGUAUGUCAUAUGUCAUUCACAUCGACACGUUCAGUGUAUGCGUCCUUGCACUGAUAUGUAUGCUCUUUAAACGAUGAGAACAGUUAACAAUUUCAUCAAAGUGCAUCGUUUUAGUCUGAAAUUAUGAGUCAUAAAUGUUGAUCGCUAUAAUAAUUGACCCACACACACACUUUAACACCCCAAUUAUGUAUUUGAACAACAAGUUAGUCAACGAAACCGCUUAUAUUGCAACGCUCUUUAUGGUCCAAUUGCGAUUGACGGAGAACGCUGUUAAACUCAACAUCUGAAAGGACAUUGCUAGAGCUCUACGUACUGUUACAGAUUUCUAAUAAGUUUAGUUUUUAAGUAUAUGUUUAUAGGGGGAUUGCGUCACAAAGAUGCGAGAAAAUUAUGCCGCCAUCUCAAGAUGCAGUAAAAAAUAUCUACAAUGAGUAAAAACUUUCUCUAUAUUUAUACAGCCCUCCAUUUCAUCAGCAUUUCAAGAUCAUCGAGUCAAUCCUUUUGGAUAUUGCAACAUCAGCUCAGAUUUAUUGUUUAAUAUCCAUGUCAUGGAUGUAGCUUUAUGUAUCGAAAAUGAUGAUGAAACUAACGAAAGAUGUUCUCAUUAAAAGACCUUCUACUGGAGAUAGUGAUUGAUUGGAUCGUAUUCUCCUCGAUAGGCAAUCAUUCAGGAAAUCAACAGCUCAUUCGCUCUUUUACGUUUAAUGUGUUCCUUAGUCACGAGCUUUGGCUACAUUUAAUUACAACUCAAGCAUCGAAAGAUGUCAUAUGCGCAGGCAAAAAACUAGCAACCGUCACUUUAAACGUGCGUGACAAAAAUGUAACUAAGUUUUGUCUUUAAGUAUAAUGCUAAGAGCAGGAGCUCAACUUGAGGUAUAAUUUUUAGUAGUAAGUAGUCGUCAUCAGUCUCGCAGACCACGAAAUUUCCAAAUUACACUGUUAAACUUGCUUUAACAUACCGGAUCUCACAGGACCAAAUGUCAAUAUGAAAAUUCACUCAAAAACAUGGAAUGUAGACCAAAAACAUAAAUGCGAAACAGGCAAACCACCUAUGCUGUGUGCCGCAUUGAUUUACUAAACAGAAAUGGUUUUAAAAUGAGGUGAUUUUAUUUCAAAGCCUGUUAAUGAUGAUCUUUUUUUACCCUUUUGUUGUUGUCUAAGUUGUAACAUGUACCAAGAGCAAAUCUACAAAUGAUAGUCACCGUUUCUUCACUGUUAGACUGAUGAUUUCUGGUUUUGUCGUAGUAAACUAGUGUUUAGUUUAUGGUUUAACAUUUUUACAAUUUUGCAAACUGUUUUUCUAAUCUAAAACUGAUAUGGGCGCCAAAUUGCACUAAGAUUACGUUUAGAGUUUAAAUACGUUUUAAUAUAUCAUUUAAAAUUUGUGUGCGCUUGCAAGGGUUGGGAUUUAUUUCGCUUGUUUGAAGCAACUGACUAUUCGUUUUCAUUACUUUUUAGAAAUAAAAUGCUUGAAAUACAUACACUCA